UUAUACACGUCGGCCUGGCGAGCAGGACCUUAGCAGUUGUGGCCUGGGCCUAGACGGGUGAAGGCAGUAGGUGCCGCGGGCCUCCGACCCCCGCCCUCGUCGGUUCUCUCUCCCCACGUACGCCGGGCCGCCGGCCGCAGCCUCACCCGCUUCCCCGUGGCUUCUGUGCGUCCGCCGCGGGCCGUCGCGAUGCGGCUGGACCCGAGGCCCGCGGCGCUGGGCUUGCUGCUGCUGUGCGCCGCGACGGCGGGCGCCGGGGACGCCGAGGAGCUGCACUACCCGCACGGCGAGCACCGCGCUGACUACGACCGGGAGGCGCUGCUGGGCGGCCAGGAAGAAGUCGAUGAGUAUGUCAAGCUCAGUCCCGAAGAACAGCACAAAAGACUGAAGUCCAUCAUAAAGAAGAUCGACUUGGAUUCUGAUGGUUUUCUCACCGAAAGUGAACUCAGUUCCUGGAUUCAGAUGUCUUUUAAACAUUAUGCUAUGCAAGAAGCAAAGCAGCAGUUCGUUGAAUACGAUAAAAACAGUGAUGGCAGUGUGUCGUGGGAUGAGUACAACAUCCAGAUGUACGACCGUGUGAUUGACUUUGAUGAGAACAUGGCUCUGGAUGACGCGGAGGAAGAGUCUUUCCGGCAGCUUCAUUUAAAGGACAAGAAACGAUUUGAAAAAGCUAACCAGGAUUCCAGUCCUGGUUUGAAUCUUGAAGAAUUUAUUGCUUUUGAACAUCCUGAAGAAGUUGAUUACAUGACGGAAUUUGUUAUUCAGGAGGCUCUAGAUGAACAUGACAAAAAUGGUGAUGGAUUUGUUAGUUUGGAAGAAUUCCUUGGUGACUACAGACGGGACCCAACAGCAACUGAAGAUCCAGAGUGGAUACUUGUUGAGAAAGAUAGAUUCCAGAAUGAUUAUGACAAAGAUGCUGACGGCAGGCUUGAUCCCCAAGAGCUAUUGUCUUGGGUAGUACCCAAUAAUCAAGGCAUUGCCCAAGAAGAGGCUCUUCAUCUAAUUGAUGAGAUGGAUUUGAAUAGUGAUAAAAAACUCUCUGAAGCAGAGAUUCUGGAAAACCAGGAUUUGUUUCUUACCAGUGAAGCCACAGAUUACGGCAGGCAGCUUCAUGAUGAAUAUUUCUAUCAUGAUGAACUCUAAUCCCUAGGACACCUGAGUAGAGCGCUGACUCCUUUUUAAUAAUUUGUUACCAGCUUUACUUUUGUGAUAUGAUAGUGAUGUUAUAUUUCACACUCU